UCGCGGUUUUACAGUUGUUACCUCUCUUCACGCCGGCCCCCUCGACCUGCCCAGAGGGCGGGGCUACAAAGGAGACGCUGCGUGGUGAUUGGCUGCGGCGCGUUAGAAACUCGAGCUGGGUGUUUCUGAUUGGUCGCCGAGAGGCGGGGCAGGUCGGCCGGUUGAAAGGUGGCGGCCGCGGCGUGGAGAGCCAUGGGGCAGGCGGUGAAGGUAUUAAAGCUCUUCAAAUCACUGCACAGGACAAGACAACAAGUUUUUAAAGAUGAUACCAGAGCAUUAGAAGCCAGAGUAAAGAUAAAUGAAGAAUUCAAAAGUAAUAAAAGUGAGACUUCUCCUCAGAAAAUAGAAGAGCUCAUGAAAAUAGGUUGUGAUGUUGAGCUGCUGCUCCGAACUUGCGUUGUGCAAGGUAUUCACACCGACCACAAUACGCUGAAAUUGGUUCCUAGGAAAGAUCUUCUUAUUGAAAAUGUGCCAUAUUGUGAUGCACCAACUCAGAAGCAAUGAAUUUUCUAGGAUGAGAAAGUCUUACACUGUUAACUUUAUAAUCUAGCAAAAGUCCUAGAAAUUUUUUCUGUACUAGCAUAUUGAAAAUGAAUGUUUUAAAUAGCAGCUCUAAUUAUUAAAUUCCAUACUAAAAGGACAUUGCUGGGCACUGUGGAACAUGGUGUUAAGGACAUUAGAUAUGAUGAUUCAUUUUCAUUGAAAAUCAAACUUUAUAAACUGGAAUAAAUGCUUAGAGAUAUGUAA